AUGGAGAUCACAGUUAUCCGACCUGCUACUGAGGCAUUUCCCGAGGACAUCGAUCGUAUUCAGCAUGUAGGACGAGUUUACCAAUCCUUCCCUGGCUCCGAAUACGUUCUACCCUCUGACGGCCCAGAGAGAGACAGACUGGCCCUUCAGCAUCGCUUGCUGGCUGGCACAUUCGAAAAUCGGAUUAUGAUGCCUGAAAUAUCAUUCGAAGCUGGGGACCGUAUACUGGACAGCGGAUGUGGAUCUGGCGUUUGGUUGCUGGAUGCCAUCAAUCAAGUGCCGAACGCAGUUGUUCUUGAAGGCAUUGAUAUUGAAUCUCGCCUCUUUCCGAUGGACAGUAAGCUCAUUGCAACUCGUGGAAACAUGAACUUUUCCAUCGGCACAAUUACCAAGCUGCCUUCCGAGUGGACUGCAACCUUUACGCUCGUCCACCAGAGGCUUUUGAUAGCUGCUUUACGUGCCGAAGAAUGGGGACAAGCGAUUAAGGAAAUGAUGAGGGUGUUGGUUCCAGGAGGUUGGGUUCAGCUCGGGGAAGCUGGUGCUUGGCAGGCCGGAAAGACGACAGAGAAGCAUCGCUCGCUUGUUGACAAGCUCUUCGUGAAAAGGGGUCUACUUCUGGACUGUUCAGACCGCAUUCCAUCCAUGCUGCGCGCAGCUGGGUUCUCAAACGUUCAUAUAGACAAGCGGCCCAUAUCACUCGGGAGCUGGGCCGGGGAGGUCGGUAUCGAGGCUCGGGAGAACUUCAUGGGUGUAUUCAGGGGUAUGAAAAGCCCUGUGCUGAACGCGGGUGGAUUAGGAUAUGUCAACACUGAGGAAGAGUGGGAGAGUCUUCUUGAUGCGGUCGAGGAGGAGUGGGACAACACUGAGGGCGCAGAGAUGAGUUUCUUCAUAUUCUACGCUCAGAAGCCUUUGUUUUGA